AUGCAAAGGAACGACAAUACGACGCCCCGGAAAAACGAAGUCCCUGAUGGGAUUUCGACAGGCGCCGCGCUCUGCUUCGAGCGUUGUGCGACAGGUGCCGUACGCGUGCCUCGCGAGAGUAUGCUGGUGCUCUGCGCACUAGCAGAAGAAUCCAGCGUGGAUGAAGCAGCAGCCCUUUCCACGGACGCAGGCGACUCAAACGGCGCCUCUCCGUUGGAUCUGUACGCGGAAGAGGGUCACUCCGUGGACAAGCGACACGGGAAGAAGGGCGGCGGUCAUCGAAACCGUGGCUAUGGACACGGCGGCUACGGUAAAGUACACACACACUACGUCCACGUUCCCAAGUACAUUCCGGUAGUCAAGUACCGGACGCAGUACGUGCACGUACCCGUGUAUCGCACGGUUGUGAAGCCCAUCUACAAGCCUGUCGUGAAGCCCGUGUACAUCACACGCACCAAAAAAAUGGCUUGCCAUGAUCUGCCGGCCAGCCGUUACCGUACCCUGAUGACGCUCUUGUUUGGGAGUGCCAUGGAUCAGCCGAUGGUGCACAAUAGGCUACAAGCGUGCUCAACCAAGUUUCAAUUUGAGAAUGUUCUUUGUUUACCCUCAACCCGCCUGGCUUUCCAGUUUGAGAGAUCGGUGAGAAAGACGGACAGAAAUUAUUGUACGCGAGUGUCCGGCCGGGAGUCAGAAGCGUUCGGGCGGUUGCGCAGUGCAUUAGUGCAAGAUAUCUUUGAAGCUCAUACAUCCUCGAAAAAUCCGUGCACGUUCAGUUUGGGAAGUUUUCGAAAAUUCGUGCAGUUAAUGGAAGAAGAAUCAGAGCAAAGUAUUCGGCGUUUGUGCCUGAUUGGUGUGACAGGUUCGGGCAAGUCUACACUUGGCAAUGUUUUGCUGGGUCUCGACCCUGACCCCGGUGAAGACGGGGGAAAUUUAGCGGCUAUUUUCGGGUUUGCUACUGGAUCCGAUUCCGAUAGUGUUACUACAAAAGUUGAAAUUCUCGAUGGAUUUUGGCGUGGUGAUUCGUUCAGACCCAUUAGAGUUAUUGACACUCCAGGACAUGGUGACAACAAGGGCCGUGAUGAAGUUCAUCGCCAAGGAUUUAUUUCAGGGAUGGCCACUGAGAGAGAGAUUGAUGCCUUUGUUUGGGUCAAGAAUGCUCAGCAACCCCGAUAUGACACCUUGCAUCAGGAGUUUUUUGCCAUUUUUCUGGCAAUGUUCGGUCCUGCUUUUUACCGUAACCUUGUUGUGGUUUUCACGCAUUGGGGCUUCAGCGAGAAAGAAAACAGGAAGCGUCGAGGAAAAACAUUGGAGCAGGCAAUGUCUCAACUUUGGGCUUCUGUUUGCGAGGGUCAUGGCAUGCACCAACUUCCAGUGGCCCUCAGCCCUAUACCCAUGGUGGCUGUUGACGCACUUCAUGACUCAAAUGACCUAACAGAGGCUGAGUCUUUCCAACUCCAGCUUGAUAAGCUUUGGGCUAUCAUCAACAAUUUCAGCCGAUUGCCAGUUAUGGACAUUCAGAUGGUUCGGGACAAGCGAUCCGAGCUGCUCUUGCAGUUGGAGCUGAUGGAACGUGCGCACGAAGAAGAGCGGGACCAGUUGAUGCAGGAAAGGGAAGCUCUCCGAGCUGCGGUGGCAGUAAUGGAAGUUAGCCAGGCAACGCUGGAGAACAUUGCCGAGCAUUCACGAAAAAUUGCAGAAAUGGAGGCUGAAAAGCAGGCUCUGACAGCGAAGAUCAAGCAUCUGGAGAGAAUCAGCAGGGCUCCAUGGUGGCUCACUCUCAUGAUGAAGAUCGCUGAGCUCCUGGCAUCAGCUGGCCUUGACACGCUUCUGAACAAGAAGCUUGCGAAUAUUCUGAAUGCCAGCAAAGAAACUCAAGCUAAAAGCUUUCUGGGGCCCUUGACCGUUCAUCUUGCUCGAGCACUGCUCAAGAAAUACGUGGAUGGGAAAAAUGAAGACACACUGGCAGCAGCCUAUUCAUUCUUCGGAAUUCCCCGAGAGGCUAGUGAAAGUGAAAUUGAUGCAAGGUAUGAUUUUUUGAAGAGGCAAUUCUCGGAAAACAAUGAAUUGAGCUCACUUGAUGAGUUGAAUUUUGCCUUGGCAAAAAUAAAGGCUUCAUUGCAAUGCAAAGACCCCCUCGGUGAAGGCUGCAACUCCAUGGGAUGAAAUUUUUUUUGCAUUGCCCACUUCCACGAUCCUCAAGUAUAUUUUUGCAUUGAUCUCUUGGAAUGAUUCGUCAGUGGAAUUGCGUGAAAUAAAAAUUUUGGUUUGAUUCCAAA